CUCACAAGAUGGACGUCUUCAUACGCGGCGUGCCUGAGCGAACCACGUCAAAUCAGUUGUCUAGUGGACUGCGCCCUAGUCUCCUCACCCUCAAUAUCCACGAUUGGCGCGUCCAUAAGGUCAAAGGCAAGAACUUCGCUUCUCUGACCUUUUUACACCCCUCCGACGGACAGGCUUUUCUCGAUAAACAUGGGUCAGUUUCAACCAGCAUUGGCCGUCCUCAACUGCCAUAUGGUCGUAUUCAACUCUUGUUCAAAGGAACCGCCCUCUCGUGUACCAAAAGCAAUCGACAGCCGGACCCUUUCGCAUUGAGGAGUCUCAAGCUUGAGUCCAAAGCCCGAAAAGCAAAGGCUCUCAGUUCAACGCCAGCUGAGAAACCCAUUGUCCAAGAACAGUCUGCUCAACAGCAGGGACUUAAAAAGCCAUCAGGCCUCUCCGUGAGCAUGUUUUCAUGCGGGUUAUGGGAUCUGGUCAAUGUCAGUCCUACAUAUGUGUACUACCAAUCUUGGUCUCAAACUGGAACUCUCAAAUUCACCUCAAAAGGCAUCGCCGUCAAACUGCAGAAUAGACUAGUCAUUGAAUUUUCAGCGAACAUACUGCACGAGAUAGUAUUCUCCAAAUACAAAAAUAGCGACUUGAUUCUAACGGGAAAGGAGCCUCCAAGGUUUUUCUACAAUACCGCAACCGCCAAUCGCCAGUUGCAGUUGAACGAGUUCAUGUCUGGUCUGAACCUCCACAAACAGGGUACCGGUCCAGACUUGAUGCGGAUCCCAUGUCUUGAUGGAAAUCAUGCCACAAUCUCGGGAAGCUGCCUCGUAUACAUAUUCAGAUUCGCAGACGACCAUGUGUCUUCUGGCCUCCAAAAUGUGACAUCUAUCAGAGCCCUCCCACCUAUCAUUUGGCAACGAGUUCAGAUUAUACAAUCCCCCGUUCCAUUCCAAACCCAAUUGUCCCGCCUCUUCAAAUCCAUGGAGUCUCCUCCACUUCCUUUUCCCAUCAAAUUCCAGGUAAUCAGACUAGCUCAAGAGGGUUGCUUACCGCCAAAGACGGUCUCAGCUAUUUUGCCAGAGAUCAGAGCACUGGCCCGUCGUUCUGGUCAGGCCAUCUGCAGUACUGUGGUCCGUCGAUUAUUCCAAAAUUUAUCCUGGAGAUGUCUCGAGGAUGAUGCAAGCUACUGGAACCCUCCGAAAUUGAAAGCCCUCCUCCUUGAAAAGGAAUUUCAGAUAAAGGCAGGAGAAGCCUCAGAGGAUGAAUUCAUUGACUCGGAAUCCUUGGUCAAUGUCCACCGAGUGACCAUCACACCAGCUGGUAUGAUUCUAGCGGGACCGACACCAGAGAAUAAUAAUCGUGUUCUCCGAAAAUACUCUCAGCACCAUAACAACUUCCUCCGAGUCCAGUUCUCGGAUGAAGACUCAGAGCCCCUUCGAUUCAAUGCUAGAGCAUCCAACCAAGUCAUUUACAACGACAGGUUCAAAAAGAUCCUCAACGAGGGCUUCACCCUCGCCGGGCAACAUUUUUCGUUUCUGGGAUUUUCCCAUUCGUCCCUUCGCGCUCAGUCGUGUUGGUUCAUGGCACCCUUUGUUCACGAUGGCCGUCUCUUGUUCGACCGGGAGCUUAUCAAAGGCUUGGGCGACUUUUCCAAUAUUAGGUGUCCCGCCAAGUGUGCAGCAAGGAUCGGUCAGGCCUUUUCAGAGACGCCAACGGCCGUUACCCUUGAAGCCGGUGUCUGCAAAGAAAUCCCAGACGUCGCACGAAAUGGAAGAGUGUUUAGCGACGGAGUCGGUACCAUGUCGCCCUCAGUCAUGAAGUUGAUCUGGAAUCAUCUACCCGUCCACAAGACGAGGCCAACAUUGUUCCAGAUCCGCUAUGGAGGUGCCAAGGGCAUGAUUUCCCUCGACACCCGUCUCAAGGGAGACGUGCUAAAUCUACGCCCCUCGAUGAUGAAAUUUCCAGGCUCAACAUCUACUGACAUUGAGCUUUGCACUGGCUCCUAUCGGGCUCUCCCAUAUUAUCUCAACCAUCAGAGCAUCAAGAUCCUUGAAGACAUGGGUGUUGCGGAUGAUUUUUUCCUUGACAACCAGACCAAAGAAAUCGAAAGGCUCCGUAAAACGACAGCAGAUUCGAAAAUGGCUUCCAAAUUCCUGAAGAAACACGCGAUCGGCGAGCGCAUCAACCUUCCAUGGUUUAUCCAAAAGCUUGACAGAAUGGACGUCGAUUUCAGAGACGAUCCUUUCCUUCGAGAUAUUGUGGAAAUUGCCGUUUUAAUUGAGCUUCGAGCACUCAAAUACAAAGCUAGGAUACCCAUAGAGCUCGGGUACACACUACUCGGGAUCAUGGAUGAGACAGGUUACUUGAACGAAGGUGAAAUUUUCUGCAUUGUGGACGACAAAAGUGGCCCUUCCAUCAUUGUAGGUUCCAACCUACUCGUCACUCGGUCUCCGGCCUUGCAUCCGGGUGACGUUCAAAUUGUCAGGGGCGUCAACGUGCCCCACGACUCGCCGCUUCUGUCUCUUCGAAAUUGCAUAUGCUUUAGCCAAAAGGGCCCAAGGGACUUACCAAGCAUGCUCAGUGGCGGAGAUUUGGAUGGUGAUCUCUACCAAAUUCUAUUCGACCCCCAAGCAAGACCCAGAAGAAGCUAUAUUCCCGCCGAUUAUCCGCGAGCAAAGCCCGUUGACCUCGGUCGGCCCGUUGACCGUGCCGAUAUGACUGAUUUCUUUGUCACUUUUAUGGCAACGGACCAACUUGGCCGAAUCUCCAACAACCAUAAGAUCCGGGCUGAUCAGUGUCCUGAAGGCACUCUACAUGGCGACUGCCUUACGCUAGCUGAAAUGGCGUCUGUCGCAGUUGACUUUUCCAAAAGUGGAAUUCCGGUUGAUCUAAGUCGAAUGCCGAAAAUCCCGCCUUAUCGACCAGAUUUCAUGGCUUUCGGGCCUCAUACUGUGAUCCACAAGGAUAAGCCGGUUUCAUUCAGUGACAUUCCUCGAAAUGACCCGAAUCCUCUUGAUGACGAGGAGGAAGAAGAUGACGGACCUCAAUACCAGUUCUACGAGAGCACGCAGAUCCUUGGGAAGCUAUUCCGUAGGAUUGACGAACGCGAUGUGUUACAAUCUAUCCAACAACCGAAACUCCCGCUCAUCAAGAGCAGAGACACUGUCAUUCAGGCAAUCCGGAAUUAUGUGGUCAAGUUCUGCAGUCAUAUUGACUUGACUUCGCACGUAACGAGAGCGUAUGGCAUUCAGGACGAGUACGAAGAGAUGAUUCAGAACUUGUGCUGGGAAUUUAGUCCCAGUCGAACCAAGCCUCUGAGUGAGCGAGAGGUCUUCAUUGGGAAUAUUCUGGGCAGAGAUGGAGCCCAAACCAAGAGACAACAUGACCUGUCGCUCAGCCUAAGAGAUCAAGUGAAUACCGCCAUGACGUACAUUGUCAACCGCAUCAUCAAAGACGGGUAUGAGGAAAGCGAAGAUAGCCUAGAGCGGAGUAUCGCAUGCUUCCUUAUCAGCGUCAAGAGUCUUGACGACUCGCAAGACGGCCGGGGAAGAGGUGAGAAACUAAUCAGUUUUUGCUAUGUCGCGGCGGCCGUCUGUCUGCGUGAGAUUGAGAAAUCACAGUCUAGAAGUCACGCAGACCAUGAAUCUGACUUGAAAUUUCCCCCGGAUAUUCCAUUUUCAGAUACUUGGAUGAGGCAAUAUGGAAAUGCAUGAUUAGGCAUAUGGGAUUGACGACGUAUGAACCGUUUCGGUUGGUUGUAUCCUUUAGCGAUAGGGUGUCAUUCGGAUGUUAC